GCGAGCUCGGUGGAGGAGCGGGAGCUCGGAGCGCUCCGCCGACGCGGCUGGCAGCCGGGCAGCCCCCGGAAGGCGGACGGGCGGUCGCCUGGUGCCCGCGCUCCGCACCCUCCCUCGGGACGCUGUGGCCGUUUUUAAAUCACAAGGGCGUGGGUCAGCCUCCCCUAGGACUUCAUGUCCGUAUAUUUCCCCAUUCACUGCCCCGACUAUCUGAGAUCUGCCGAGAUGACUGAAGUGAUGAUGAACACCCCAUCCAUGGAGGAGAUUGGCCUCAACCCCCGAAAGGAUGGCCUCUCUUAUCAGAUCUUUCCUGACCCUUCAGACUUCGACCGUUGCUGCAAGCUCAAAGACCGUCUGCCCUCCAUCGUGGUGGAGCCCACGGAGGGCGAGGUGGAGAGUGGGGAGCUCCGGUGGCCCCCGGAGGAGUUCUUGGUCCAGGAGGAUGAGCAGGACAACUGUGAAGAGACAGAGAAAGACAACAAGGAGCAAUAGAGCCCCCGGUCGACUCCCUUGGGGGGGGCCACACCAGAAGGCAUCUGUCCCUGAACUGUGUUCUUUCCCAUUGUGAUGGAAGAAGGGAGUGAGCCACAGUAGUUCCGAACAUGUCAAAUGAUGGCUUCCGUUUUGCACCUGCAAAUCACCGAGUUGGUUUUCUUUUCUUUUCUUUUCUUUUUUUGAAAUGUGCUGGGCAGUGGAGCCCUCUGCGACAAUUUGCAAGGCCUUCUGAGAAAGGAAGCUGCUUGGAGCAGGGGUGGGGGGGCGGGGAAGUGGUGCAUCUUCGCAAUUGGUAUCCGAACCCGAGCAGGCUAGAGGCAGCGGUGGGAUUCCAGUGGGCUCCGGGGGGGUGGGGGAAAUGGGGGGGUGCAGCGCGAGCAAGGAACAUUCGGGGUAAGAGAACAGACAGGAGACAGGAGUCGGAAGAGAGAAUACGCGCUUGAAAGGAAGCAUCGAGCAGAGGAGUGCAGCCAGGAAGUUGCCUGCCAGCGGCUGCUGGGGCAUCAGACAGCAAGCAGCGUGUUCAUCUCUCUCUCCGGUUCUGCCCACCACCUUUGCUUUUAUUCAGCUGUGUGGGUCUGUUAACAGGAGGCCGGGAAAGGAGAGCAGUACAAACUGGCUGCCUGCAAAGCUGGCUGGAGGCAGGUGUGGGAAAGGACUCCCUGCUCCUCCUCCACCCUGCUCCUCCUCCACCCUCCACUCUAGCUGUGGCAGGUUCAUGUACCCUCCAUAAUCUGGAGGUUUCUUAAGAGGCAGGGCUCUUGAGCUUCUCUCUCCUGAUUUAUCUUUUUACCCCUCACCCCCACCCUUUGGGAGUAGAGGGAGCACUUCCUACCCCCAUGGGAGAACUGCGCAGUGGAUGCUUGGACAUGAAGAUCCCUCCCCACUGCUCCCCCAGGCUUGCUCUGUUCUGAGCAGAGGCACAGAGCUCUGGCGCUACCAGGCCGGCUCUCCUUCUCCACAGCCCCUGGGUGGAGCAGUCAGGAGGUGCCUACUUCCACGUGGGCCCCUGGCCAGUUUUUCUGGUGGGAGCUGAGUGGAGAGAAGAGGAGGCUCUGUUUCUUGUGAUGGGGAGGUGAACUUUAAUGGAGGUCCUAGUUCUGGGAAUUAUCAGAGGGGGAUAACAGAUAUCUCCUGCAGAAGUCUGAAGAUCAAGUUUGAAACUGAAGAUGUCAUGAGAUCCCUGGCUUCUCCUUGUGUUCUGAAGGGUGAAUGGCAUGGUGAGGUGAGGGAGCACUAAGCCUCCGUCCUCAUCCCUCCCCACCUCUCACCUGUCCCCUGCAAGGGCACAGUUGAGGAGAAAGCUAGCCUUGGACUUAGAGCUUCUUAUAGUUAAGAACCAUCUGGAGCAGCAGGUUGCAGGACACACUUUUCAAACCUUCUCUAGCUCACAGCACGUGUGUGCAGCCAAGAGAUGAGCUCAAGAUCCUCCUGGAGGCCAAACUGGGCCAACAGAGGCACCCUUGGAGUUCUCCAGGGGGUCUCGGUUGACCCCAGUUUGGGUCUUGUGUAUAGAUCUGUAUUUAAUACCUCAAGGUUAGUGUGGUUCUGGGGAGCUGGGGCAGGAAGAUGAAGGUGCGCGGUUGACAUCUCAGCAGGAUUUGGUUCUGGGAAGCUGACGCUCACCUCCCUCCCCCAACUCCCUCCCCCUAUGUUGUCUGCUUGUGUUCCACACACUGAUGGCAAUAACUUCUUCCAGCUCCCCGGGAAUGGGAGAGGCCUGAAGCCUGCACUGCCAGGGCAUCUCUCUUGUACCCCCGCUGGUUCUGUUCUGGCUGCAGAGAAUCCUCCCUCCUUCCUUAUUCCCUCGCAGCAGCAUUUCUCAUCCCACACCUGCCUCCCUUGGUGGAUGGGGUCUUGCCUUUUAAAAUCCUGUGUUUCUGUGUCCCUUUCAUCUGUCUUGGUCUUGCCGUGUGAUGGGAACGUGCUUGUAAACUGCAUAACAAAUCUACUUUGUGUAUAUGUGUGUUUAUGGGGGUGACUUAUUAUUUUGCUGGUCGCUAGACACCUUUGUGCGACCCUUUGGAGUCUGAGCAGGCUGGGGGCUGACCACUCAAGUCAGGACCUGCAGCGGCGAGCCUGUUGGAGGGACCCAGCCACUCUUGGACAAGUGGCUGAGCUCCUGUCUGGCCUCCUUUUCUUUUUUUUUUUUAAAGUAACUUGUGUGUAUUUCUAACUGAUCGUAUUAAAAAAAAACAAACCCUAGUAUUUCAGUAAAAAUGCCUGUUGUAAGAUGAACCUCCUGUAACUUCUAUCUGUUCUUUUUUGAGGCUCAGGGAGAAACUAGCAUUUUUUUUUUCCGAACUACUUUUUGUCACUGUGACAGUUGUAAAUAAAGUUUGAAAAUGCUUUCCA